UAUUUCAUGGUUGUAUUUACAAAAUUGCAGGUCCAUUUGAUGAUUGAUUGUUAAUUCUUGUUUGUUGUUUGAAACUAUUGUUUAGAGAUCAUGGUGCAAAUUGAAUCAAAGGAAACAGCCUCUAAAAUGGCCAAAAAUAAGACCACUAAGAGAGGUGCUGCUGCUGUUGCAACUAAGGCAAAAACUCCUGAGAUUGGACAGAAGCGCAAGCACUCAAACCAAGGAUCUGGUUCUUCACAACCUGAAUUGAAGAAAGCCAAGUCGGAACCACAGAAGUUUGAGCAUGAAGUGUUUGUGUCAAAGCUUAACAAGACCACUACCAAGGAAACCAUUGAAGAAUAUUUCUCCAAGUAUGGCAAAGUUUUGAGUGUUACUCUGCCUCUCCACAGGAAGGAUAACCCAAAAAAUUUGGUCAAUAGAACUUUUGCUUUUGUUGCCUUCUCAUCUGCCUCUGAGAAAGAUGCUGUCCUUGCUGUUGAUCACAAGUUGGAGAAAUUCAAGUUGGUGGUGAAAGAUAGCAAGGACCCAUCAAAAGGCAAUAGCAAGGCUGAGAAAGUUGUUGAAGAAGAAGUGGACUCUGGUGAAGAAGAAGAAGCAGUAGAGGAAGAAGAAGGUGAUGUUGAUGAGGAAGAAGAUGAAGAUGAGGAAGAUAACGAAGAGGAUGAUGAUGGUGAAGCUGAAUCUGGGGAAGAAGCAGAAGAUGAGGAAAAUGUAGAAGGUGAAGAGGAUGAUGAUGAUGAUAAUGAUGACAACGAAGAAGGAGAGGAAGCUGAAGAAGCAGAAGAUGAUGAAUAGGUAAAAAUUCUAAGAGAGACUAGUUAGAUGAGUACUUUCAUUCAUUUCAUUCCAAAGUGAAGGGUUUGAUCCGAACCCAUUUCUUUGGUUGGGAAAUAGAUUGAUCUGACCCCGAAUAUAUUUUUCCUAAUUAAAUUUGAGGAUAUCAUCUCGAUUUAUUUAUUUAU